CCUUCUUAGCUAGACCUAAUACUUUUGGAAAGGACUCGUUGUGUUGACUCUGUUAAUUGAUCCAUAUUUUUGGAACUAGUUUACUUUUUCUUUAUUUCUAUACAACUCGAAAAGGCUAAUCUGUCUUGCAAAUCUUUUGGGGUUUGUUAAUACUGUGCUCAUAGGGGAGAAAAGGCUUGAGGGGAAAGAUGAUUCUGUCUUUGUCCAACGAAAAGCUUUCUUUGGAUUUUAAUCAAUUGGAUAUGCCUAAAUCUACUUUUAGUGUAAUGCCUAAUUGUCAACAAACUGUAAUGAAGAAACACCAGUGUCAUUGUAUCUUGUAUGACCUCUAUGUAGCUUUUGUGAUAUUUUGCCAAACUAUACAUUUAGCACUUGACCCACAGCGAACGUGUCAUUCUGUCAGUGGUUUAGCAUAAUUGAAACUGACUCUUGCUGCCUGAUUUUACAGAAUGGGAGGUCGACAGCAGUUCGGGCUAUUAUUACCGUCAGACAAUGGUUUCUAUUAUGAUCCAAAGUCAGGGUUCUACUAUUCUGAUGCCAUAGGCAAGUGGGUGACUCAAGAAGAGGCAUAUGCCUCACCUCACUUUUCUUCUAAUUCUGGGCAUAACGGACCCACUGUUAAAAAACCAACGUCAGCUUCACAAUCCAAAUCAGUUGAAGAUAAAUGCGCAAGUAAGUCUCAAAGUGGACCUGCACCUGGACCAGUACUGUCAACUGCUGUGAACCCGAUGAGAUCUACGAAAGCAGCCCCUUCCUCUCUUGCUGUGGGAAAGAGAAAGAGAGCUCCAGAUGCAAAAUCCAAGGUUAUGUCCAAAGAAGAAAAAGCAGCUCUCAAGGCAAGAGAGGCUGCCAGGAAAAGAGUAGAAGAGAGGGAAAAACCCCUGCUUGGGCUGUACAGCAAGCCUUACUGACCAUGGAGAAUACUCUGAGCCGCUGGAUUUUGAUGGUUAUAAUUGUCGCAUUAGAGUUCAGCUGGAAUCUUCUUAGAUAGCUAGAACCUACCCCUUCACCUAUAAAAUUACAAUUACAAGUGAGCAUAUACAACUUUUGACAAGGUAGAGCACUAUGAUUCAUGGUUGAAGUUGUGACCUUUAUCCACCCGAGGAUGUGUCGUUUCUUCCUUUUAACUUGGGUUGUAAUCGGUGAGGAUGUUUUAGGGUGAGGAACGCCUUGUUAAAAGAACUGGUGAAUUAGACAGAGUUUCGUGAUGCACGUGCUUGGUUCAAGGCGAAAUAAAUUGUGGCAAGGUAAUUUUGUUUUUGGAA